AUGGGUAACUAUAAGUCAAGACCUUCGUUGUCUUGUGCAGGUAAGUCAAUUCGUAUGACGCUUAAAUUUUAAAAAUUUAGAUGAAUUUAAAAAGCGAAUCAGUGAAUGCUACUCGUUAGUAAGAUCGAGACUUUGCGACGACGUUAACCCUAGAUGGGAUGAGAAGAACUCGGUAUUUCAAAUUUGUUUGUAAGUUAGUUUCGUAAUUAUUGUUGUAGUAUUUUAGUAUAAGUAAUGUAACUAAAGUUUUAACCGUUCUCUAUUUUUAUAUGAAACCUAUUCCUUUUCCCUAUAGUUUUACCCCAUAUUUCAAAAAUUAACUACACAGUCCUAAAGCAAAACUUUGAUUGUACUAAGCCAUUUUCAAAAUAUAGACAAUAAUUUACAAUUAAAAAUAAUAACCAACCUUUUUAGCCUUGGCUCCAUUGAAGAGUUUGUUGAAUUAUUGAAUUCUGUUUCCGUCGACGAUAAAGUAGGAUCAUUUUCUCUUCUUCACUUGAUUACAGUUGGUAUAAGCGACGCUGUAAGUUAACCAUUUUAAAAAUUAAUACAAAAUAAACGAUUUGUGCAACUAAUCCAACUCAAACUAAAAAAACGUGUUUUAAUAACAACGUUAAUAUUGCACAGACUUAAAUAAACUUUAUUCAUAUAUUUUUAAAAAAAAUUCUGAAAAUUAGAAAUCGUAAGUAAUGUUUUAGCAAUCGAAAAAGAUUGACCUAUUGCUAGAAAAAUGUGAUGAUGACGCAAAAAGAAGGUCGUUGUUUCGUCAACGUACACCCAACAACUUCAACGUUCUCCAUUGUGCUGUAUAUAAAGUCAGCUAUAUCAUUCCCCUUACCACUAGCUUUCAACAACAGUAACAUAGUCUUUUACUUUGGUUCGAAAUUCAAUAAAAAUUUUUAAAAAUUUAAAGUAAUAUAAUUACCUACCACGUUCCAGGGCGAUUGCGCAGUAAUAGAAACCCUCCUCAAAAACGGUGCAGAUGUAAACCAUUACAUUGAGAAUGCCCCCAGUCCUCUUCAUUUGGCUGCCAUGUGUGGUAAUCCCACGGUAAUCGACCUCCUCAUACGAUAUGGCGCUGAUCUCCAUUCCAAGGACCUAGUCCAGUUUAGUCCAUUGCAUUGUGCCGUCUACUUUGGCCAAGAAAAGGCGGUGAAAGCGUUGUUAAGUUUGGGAAGUGAUCCGAAUUACUGUGGCGGUGUGCAAGAUCGACCACUUCAUGUCGCCGCAGGAAAAGCCAGCCUAAAUAUUGUUAAAUUAUUGUUGAAUGCUGGUGCUGAUCGUGAGUUUUUAUACCUAAUUUUUGAAAAAGAAAAAUUGCAUCUUAAAGUAAAUUAACUUUGAAACAAUAAGGUUAUAAAAAAUUUUAAAGGUUUGCAUUUAUAACAUUAACUAUGACUAAAACGCCAAUUUCAGUAAGUUUGGCUGAUGAUGAAGGUAACACCCCAAUUCACUUUGCUUCAUCGACCGGUCAAGCUGCUAUACUAGCUACUUUGUUAGCCGAACUCAAGGAAAAACAAAAGGUAAACAUUUUUUCUUAUAAUGUUACCUAAAACAAGGUAAGGUUUUGUUACCUAAAAUAAAUUAUAACCCUUUGUUACCUAAAAAUUUAUAAGGCGUGACAAAACUUGCUCAUUAAUCAAAACAAAAAAAAGAAUAGUAUCUAAGAAAACAAAAUUCUCAUUAAUAUUUCCCCUCAAAAUACCUAAAAUAAUUUCAGAUGAUCCUAGAAACCACAAUAUACGGAGACACCCCAUUACACGUCGCUUGUUACCACGGAAAAUUAGAAGCCGCCAAAAUGUUGUUACCUUUGGGUGGAUCAUCUAUUCUAAAGCUCGAAAACGUGUUCCAUGAGACCAUUUUACAAGCUGCUUGUACGUCUGGGAAGUCGUUGGAAUUGGUCGCUUUCUUGUUACGCCAACCCGGAAUCGACCCAAAUCACCAAUCACAAGAUGGACACACGGCUCUUCACAGUGCUUGUUAUCACGGACAUAUCAGGAUUGUACAAUAUUUGCUGGAUAAUCAAGCUGACCAAAGUUUGACGGCCAAGGCGAUCGAAAUGCCAAGUCCUGAAAGUAAGUCCAAUAUUUUACAUAAAAUUACCAAUAACUUUAAAAAACAUAAAAUACCAUCUUAAACAUUAAGUUUCUAACCAUAUUUCAAUUAGUUUGAACAUGAAAACGAUACAAUUUUUAAAUAACAACAAAAAUAUUGUUUUACGUCCAUAAAAAUACAAAUAAAAUCAAAACAUACCUGAUUUAGAAAAAAACACAGUUGCAUCAGCUAUGAUGGCGUUAGGAAGAUUGGAAUCUGUCACAUCAUCUGACAGUGGACGUUUCAGCAACGAUGAUCAGCAACCAACACAACAAACCCCAAUUCUAUGGGCAUAUGAACGUGGACACGAUCAAAUUGUAGCUCUCCUGAAGUACUACGCAAACAAACGGCCAGAAUCUGAUGUUUGUAGUGAAUACAGGUAAUUUAUAUUCAUUCAAUGUAGCGGUAACUUCAUGGACAUAUUCGCGGUCUUUAGGACAAGAUUUUGUCGAAUUUAUUAAAAACAGUUGACACAUUAUGAGCUUGCGUCAAAAGUUGUCCUUCGAACAAAAUUUUGUUUGUCGAUAAUUUUGGCGAAUAAAAUCUUGUAAACAGUAACGAAAAUAUGUUACAGCUCUGGCGACAGCAGCUACACACCUUUACCAAGCCCUAUGGGCCGGCUUCGAUCGAUUACGAAGGAAAAAACCGAGAUUCUGCAGCUUCGAACCGAGUUGGAUAGCGCUUCGCAUCUCUCACUGGUCGAUAUUGAAAUCAAAGGCGAGAUUGGACAAGGAUCUUUUGGGAAAGUGUAUAAAGGAGUUUUUAAGGGCAAAACUGUGGCUGUGAAGAGGUACAGAGCUUUGGCAUUUGGCAGUAAAUCUGAAGUCGACAUCUUCUGUCGUGAAGUCAACAUCUUGUGUCAUUUGAAUCAUCCCAAUGUUAUUGCGUUCGUUGGAGCUUGUUUGGAUGAUCCCAGUGUAAGUUUAUAAAUAAAAGGUUAGAUAGUCUAUUUAGUUACUAUUUAUGUUGAAUUGCAUGUUGUUUAUGAUUAAAUGGGCAUUUUUCUUUAGCAAUUUGCCAUUAUUACCGAGUUUGUCGCCGCUGGAUCGCUCUACAAAUUGUUACACAAAGAAAAGAGGUAAGUAAUUCGUUAAAAACUUGAUUUUUCUUAAUUAAAUUUUAAAAGUUUAAGUAAAAUACGGUUAUUGAUAUUGUUUUUUUUACAAAUCUAUUUUUAUGUCAAUCUUGCAGAGUACUGAACCUCAAAGUGAAGCUAGGAAUAGCGAUUGACGUUGCCAAAGGAAUGCAAUAUCUUCAUGAAGUUGCUAGUAGAGCUGUUAUUCACCGUGAUUUGAAUUCUCACAACAUCCUGCUGCACAGUAAUGGCCGUGCUGUUAUCGCUGACUUUGGGGAAUCUAGGUUCAUAUCAGAAGAUGCUGAGGAGAACAUGACGAAACAGCCAGGAAACUUGAGAUGGAUGGCUCCUGAAGUCUUUACCCAAUGUUGUCAGUAUGAUGAGAAGGUCGAUGUGUUCAGUUAUGCUUUAAUGGUUUGGGAACUUCAUUCGGCUGAAUUACCGUUUGGUCAGCUAAAGCCGGCUGCUGCGGCCGCUGAAAUGGCUUAUAAAAAGAGUAAGAAUUUUAUUAAAUUGAUGUUAUGUUUAUGACGCAACAAAAUUUUUAAAAAAUUUUAUUAGUAUCUAUGACUAAACAUUUUCAGGUCGUCCAAUAUUACCUUCAGAACCAACAGCCCAGUUUCCAAAGCAUAUUAUAGAUGUGAUUCAACAAGGCUGGAACCCUAACCCAGCAGCUAGACCAACAUUUAGUCAAAUCCUUGAAGAUCUAGCUCCAUUCGCGCCUUCAGAAGAAGAACGUCGUUUUGUGUGUAAAAUGACAAACGACGACAGCACAGAUGAAGGAGAAUAUUCUGAUUUCGAAGACUUUGACUUUACAGAACUUCCCAAAUCAGUCUCAAAACUAAAAUCUCAAUUCGAACAACUCAACACAGCUACACCGAAGGCUACAUCGUCGCACGGUGUCUACAAACCGAAUGGUGUUGUGGAAAAGCUGAGGCAGCAGUUGGACAAUAAUGGUUAUGUCUCUCAAGCAGCGCGAAGUAUUCAAGCGGCCAAGAGUGCGGCUCAAUUGAGGGACAGUAUUGUUUUGUCGAGAGAGGUGAAGGUGGCACAAAGACAGUCGGCUUUCAAGGAGCACGAUCAACAAAGUACUGGCAAUUUCACAUCGAGUAGAAGCUUGAACUCGGCUUCUGAAUCCGAAAUGUAG